UUCUUUUGGACAGAAUAUUUUUACCUUUAAUAUAUAAAAAUUCUGUUUGCUUUACAUAUCCAUCUUUAGAAAUAAUUUCAAGUCAUUCAAGUCAGGAGAAAGACUUUCACAGGGUCUGGAUUCAAUUAAAUAUAGAGAUUGCAAAAUAUGUUUAAUUUUUCAACCUAUGCUUUCAGGUCUGACAUCCUGCCUCACGAGGAUAAUCAUGUUUCUCAGAGGGACUCUGCUGGGCAUUAUUCUUUACAGCAUCCUCUGGACAGAAACUACUCUGGCUGGCUCUAGUUUUUUAAGUCCUGAAUAUAAAAGAACACAGCAACAAAAGGCUCCAAAACAUCCCACACCACAAUUACAUCGUCGAGGCACAGAAGGCUUUUGGGACACAGAUAAAGCAGGGGCAGAAGAUGACAGUAACAAUAUUGAAAUUAAGUUUAAUGUUCCCUUUGAAAUUGGUGUCAAGAUAACAGAAGAAGAGUAUCAAGAAUACGGACAAGUGCUGGAGAAGAUGCUGGGGGACAUGCGUGAGGAGAAUGCUAAAGAAACUCAGCCGAAAAACUGAGGCAAGAUGAAGGACAAAGGCAGCACUUGAUGGCCUGAUUUUUUUUAACUUUUACUUUAAAAUGAAAUUAUUUCUGAUUUCACAACUUUAAAGAAGACAGAAGCAUGUGGACCUGAGCAGUUUUCCCUUGCAGACACUGAAACAGAGUAUCAUUUAAGGAAGAAUACAAGAUCUCAAGCCAAAAAUAAUAAAGGGCAAGGUUAAUCACAGAGUCACAUGUGGGCUUAUUUUCUUAUCUCUUUUCCUUAGUAAAUACAGUGAUU